AAUACCUGUGAAUUUUCUACAAUCCAAAGAUGGCAGCAAAUAAGCCUAAAGGACAGAAUUCAUUGGCUUUACACAAAGUCAUCAUGGUGGGAAGCGGUGGUGUAGGAAAAUCUGCUUUAACACUACAGUUUAUGUAUGAUGAGUUUGUUGAAGAUUAUGAGCCCACCAAAGCAGACAGCUACAGGAAAAAGGUGGUUCUGGAUGGGGAAGAAGUCCAGAUUGAUAUAUUGGACACAGCAGGGCAGGAGGACUAUGCUGCAAUUAGAGACAACUACUUCCGAAGUGGAGAAGGUUUUCUUUGUGUCUUCUCUAUUACAGAGCUGGAGUCCUUUGCAGCAACUGCAGACUUCAGGGAGCAAAUCUUAAGAGUUAAAGAAGAUGAGAAUGUUCCUUUUUUGCUAGUCGGUAACAAAUCAGAUUUGGAAGAUAAAAGGCAAGUUUCUGUAGAGGAAGCAAAAAACAGAGCUGAUCAGUGGAAUGUUAACUAUGUGGAAACUUCUGCAAAAACUCGAGCUAAUGUUGACAAGGUGUUUUUCGAUUUAAUGAGAGAAAUUAGAGCCAGAAAAAUGGAAGACAGCAAAGAAAAGAAUGGGAAGAAGAAAAGAAAAAGCCUAGCUAAGAGGAUCAGAGAAAGAUGUUGUAUUUUAUAAUCAAAACCCUAAAUUCCUUUCCUACCCUGACCAUACUAAUAAAAACCAUAAUUUAUAAGCAUGCCACUGAAGGCUCAAGAGACUGAAAUUAACAUGUUGGAAAUUGUAAUGUACCACUAAAAGCAUGAAUUGGAGCUGCACUGAAAGUCAAAUUCACUGAAAAAAAAAUGUGGCUUCAAGAGAAGCAAAGUUCGGUCCAUUUCAUAAUUGCCUACUUUCUCAUGUUUCUGAAUGUAGUGUUUCAUAGACAGUCUUUUCUUUAACAGUGAACAGAGGGGGGCAAGUAUUACUCUGUGGGUUCUUGUAAAGAAUACUUUUUUAUCACUGGUACUUGUCAAUUCAUCUUGUCUUUGUUGCCUUGGAAGUAACAGUUGUGAAGGUGAUACCUAACAAAGCAGUAUGCAGUUGUUUUGCC